CGCGUCUCUUAUAAAAACUAAAGCAAACCACUCCAAGAGAGCACACUACAAGAAUCUUAUUCGUUUUUUUCUUUCCUCUUUCUCUUUACAGAUAAACUGAGAAACCCCAGCUCAUCCCUCAAUUCCCAGAUGGGUUUCAUGAAUGUUCUCAAGUUCUCAGCUGCAUGCUUUGAUCUUCUUGGCUGGCCUCUAUGUGCACUGGGUUAUCCUCUAUGUGCUUCAAUUCGGGCAAUUGAGACUAACUCAAUCUCAGACUUUCGGAAGUUGGUGGCGUAUUGGGUUCUAUUUUCCUUGAUUUCACUCUUUGAUCAUGCCUUUGCCAAGCUCCUUGAAUGGGUACCAGUCUGGCCUUACAUAAAGCUGAUGGUCAUCUGCUGGCUGGUGAUACGGCAGUUUGAUGGUUCAUAUUAUGUCUAUCAACACCUAGUUCAGCCAUGCUUGUCCAUGGAUCCACAAGUUGUCAUGAACUGGCUCUUCAAUGAAUCAAAAAAGAAGUUUCAUAGCAGAGAAAACUUUCUUGUUUCAGCAGACCAAUAUAUUAAGGAGAAUGGACCUGAAGCUUUGGAGAAACUACUUGCUAGGAAGUUGAGGAGCGCAAAGCCUAAUGUUGAAGUGAAAGAGAUCAAAGCACCUGCAGCACCGGAGAAAAAAGGGGAAGAGUGGAAGUGUGAAGAGCCUAAUGUUGCUGAAAAGGAGAUCCAAGAUGUCAAAGUAACAGACAUAAAGAAUGGGGGGGAUGGAGCAAAGAGGGUUAAACAAACAGAGAUAAAUCUUGGUGAAACUAGAAGUAAUACAACCUGUGCUGUGGAGAUAAAAGAAAGGGCAGCGGCACUGGUGGCCGCAGAAAUUGAGGCAUGUAGAGACGAUAGAACCCCCAAGAUACCUCUUCAUGAGAAAGUCCAGAAAGAGUGGGCUUGUGCUGUAUGCCAGGUCACAACCCAAAGUGAAGCGACCUUCAAUUCCCACCUUCAAGGGAAGAGACAUCAGGCCACUUCUGAGAAGCUGAGAGCCAAAAACCAGGCAACCAAAACCAGUUGUUCCCCAUCUGCUUCAAUGGCCAAGAAAUCUGAUCAGUCCACCAAAGAGGAGCAACCGAAGUGUACUUCCAACAAUCUGAAUUCCAAAAACAAUGGAAUCUCAGCUGCUUCAACAGUGAAGAAACCUGAUGACACCAAAGAUGAUGAGCGACAAAAGUCUGCAUCUAGCAAUGAACCGAACCAGAAGAAUAACAAAAAGCAAGAGGUACAGACCAAUGAGCAAGGCCAUCAGAAGAAUUUAAAGCAAACUGGCGAUGGAAUGAAAGAGUUGAGAUUAUGCUGCAAUAUCGGUAAUGUAAGCUGCACAAGUGAGCUUGACAUGGCCUCUCAUCUCAAUGGAUGGAGGCACUUUAAUAUGAUAAAGGAGCCGUCUGAAUUUAAGGGUCUCCUAAAAGCCCCCGGCCUAGGCCCGGCCCGGCCCAGCGGGCUAAGGCCCAGCCCGAGCUCGGCAAGGCCAAGCCCAUUUCUGGAUGGGCCGGGCCAUGGGCCCCAAUUUAGGCCCGACCCGAGCCCGGCAAGGCUGAGCCCAUUUCUGGAUGGGCCGGGCCAUGGGCCCCAAUUUAGGCCCGGCCCGGCGGGCUGGCUCGGCCCGACGGGCUGGCCCGGUCCGGCAGGCUGGCCCGGUCUGACGGGCUGGCCCGGUCCGACGGGCUGGCCUAGAUCGGUGGGCUGGCCCAGUCCGGCGAGCUGGUCCGGUCCGGCGGACUGGUCCGGACAGUCCGGUCCGACGGACUGGCCCAGUCGUAGGCCCGGCACUUAAAAAAAAAAAUAUAUAUAUAUAUAUAUAUAAAUUCAAGAAAUAGAAAAUGCUACAUUAAUAAAAAUAUUCAUUGCUAACUAUUUUAUUCAUUAAAUGUAUACAUUACAUUUGAAAAUGUGGGAAAAGUUUACAUCACUACAAAAUAAAUACAUCCCAACUAAGUUGGCACUUACUUAUUUGUCAA